CAAGGACAAUAUCCUGGUACUGGAUCACCUCAAAGUAGUCCUUUUGGACCAUCAGGUCAAGGACAAUAUCCUGGUAGUGGAUCGCCUCAAAGUAGUCCUUUUGGACCUUCAGGUCAAGGACAACAUCCUGGUAGUAGUCCUUUUGGACCAUCAGGUCAAGGACAAUAUCCUGGUAGUGGAUCGCCUCAAGGUAGUCCUUUUGGACCAUCAGGUAAAGGACAAUAUCCUGGUACUGGAUCGCCUCAAGGUAGUCCUUUUGGACCAUCAGGUCAAGGACAACAUCCUGCCAAUGGAACGCCAAAAGAGAACUCUGGUUUCGGUACAGGACCGUACAGAGGAUUUCCAGGAAUCACUACAGUUCGACCGGAAAAUCCUCCAAACUUUAGUACUCUGGCAAACGCAGUAAGUUCGAGCGUGGCAUACGCAUCAACGGGAUCAGGAGUUGGUCAACCUGCGAGCGGGCCAUCAACUCCAAGUUCUACUUACACACCGCACGCACCAACGCCAGGUUCUCCAGGUGGAAACGUUCCUUAUGGGUCUCAAAAGCCUAGUCACACCAACGUUAAAGGACGUCCUUCUAGUACCAUGCCUGAACACGAUGCUUCCAAGGACGGAGAAAGCAAAAUCUUCUAUAUAGACGUAAAGCCUGCACCAGGAAGUCCUGUGGGAGUUAGACCUCGCACGACCACAAGUACGCCUUACACUGGCGUUGUAAAGACGACUCCUUUUCAUCAGCCUGGUUUUUAUGGUCCUGGAACGACGAAACCUACUCCGUAUAAUGGUCCUGGUACAACGAAACCUUCCUAUCAACCUGCUCCUUACGGUGGUCCCAGUACACCUACUUCUUAUAGUGGUCCCAGUACAGUAAAACCUUCCUAUCAACCUGCUCCUUAUGAUAGUUCCGGUACAACAAAACUUUUCCAUCAACCUACUCCUUACGGUGGUCCUGGUACAACAAAACUUUCCUAUCAACCUAGUCCUUAUGAUGGUUCUGGUACAACAAAACCUUCCUACCAAUCUACUCCUUAUGGUGGUCCCACAACAAAACCUUCCUAUCAACCUGCUCCUUAUGAUACUGUCACAACAAAACCUUCCUAUCAACCUGCUCCUUAUGAUGGUCCUGGAAUAAAGAAACCUUCCUAUCAACCUGCUCCUUAUGAUGUGAAACCUUCCUAUCAGCCUGCUCCUUAUGGUGGCCCUGGUACAACAAAGCCUUCUUAUCAGCCAACUCCUUACAGUGGUCCUGGUACAACAAAACCUUCCUAUCAACCUGCUCCAUAUGAGGGUCCUGGAAUAAUGAAACCUUCCUAUCAGCCUGCUCCUUAUGGUGGCCCUAGUACAACAAAGCCUUCUUAUCAGCCAACUCCUUACGAUGGUACCGGAACGACAAAGUCUCCUUACCAAUUUCCAUCAAAAGAUACAAAUGUCGGUUGCACACGUGGUGCUGGAGAUUGCGGAGCUGCAAGUGGAUGCAGCGGUGGAACAAAUCUGAAUGGCUCACCGGGUUACAAGCCCUGUGGUCAACUCGGUUUUCCAGCGGGGGUUAACAAGACUUCUGGUCCAGUAGGAGGUUUCCAAGCGUAUCCAACUGAUUCUUCGCAAAAUCCUCAGCAAAACAUUCCUGGUGCAAGCCAACCGUUCGACGGAUUUCCCGUGGGAGGUGGAGGCGGUUCACGGGAUUGUACAUCUGGAACCAGCGAUUGCAGAUCUCCUUCAGUCAGACCGGCAUACGUUGACAAUAAAAUUCCUGGAGAAGGAUCGUACUCAUCGAAUCCUUUUUUGAAUGGGAAAAUUCCUAACCUAGCAGAAACGAGUGUUGGCCAGUUCGCGGCUACAACUACUAGCAAACCGAUCGGCCUUGGAAAUCCGUUCCUGCAACAAGGAAUCGCCGGUGCAGUCGCAGGAGCUUGGAGCAACGUCGGUACGGCAACAGCAUCCAAUCCAGCUGGUAAAAGUGUCGUUUCGAUCGGAGGAGAGACGAGCAAGCCUCUCAUCGGCGCAGACAAUCCUUUCAUCGGUGGAUCGGGCCACGGAAGGGGAGACAUCGAUAUCGGUAACCUUCCUGAUUCAACAGUUGGAGGAUCCGCAUCUUGGAGCCCAGGCGACGUGAAUCCUUUCCUCGGCGAUAAAACCCAACAACGUUAUCCUGCCUCGAGUUGGGCUCCAUCGGCGGCACCUCGCGGCUCCGGAAGCGGCGGAGGUGUUGGAAUCGGGAAUUUGGGAGGACUCGCGAGUGACAAACUCGAUGGCGGGAGUAGUCCCUUCGCUGGUGCAUUCUCUGGCGCGUUUAGCAGUUCGCAAGCCUCUUCCAACUCCGGGGCAGCAGCGCCGAGCCCGAUUUUUGGGCAAGCAAACGGCGGAAGUUGGGCUUCCAGCGCAGCGAACGCGGCGAGUCAAGCCGGAAGCGGUGCAUCAGCUUACGCGGCAAGCAGCGCUAGCAGCUGGGCAGGCUCGCAACCGAGUUUCGUCAAAGGCUGAGCUGACAACUCGCCGAGUUACCACAAGAAUUUUGCUUCCUUUGUAACUUAUUUUUAUUUACUUGUCGCUUACGAUAUCAAUGAAAUCGAUCUACGAAAAGGAUUAUCGUCUUUUUCUUUUACACCUGACAAAUAAUGCCAAUUCUUCGAAGCGAUUGCAAUUAUUACACGGAGAUUGUGAUCGAUCGAUGUCUAACGGAUAAUAACAUACAUGAUUGAUGAAUCGGAUGUGUUGUUGUUAAGUAAGAAGUGAUAAUAAUGUAUAAUCGCUAUUAAAACUUCGCGCGAGACUUUCAACAUCGUUCAUAAAUUAUCUUAUAUCUUAUCUGGAUAAUAUUUUCAUUAUGUUAUUCUACGUUCCAUUCACUUUUAUCUUAUUGACUAAUUAGCGUUUAGGUUAGGUUUAGGUUACGUUUUCAUCAAUUUAUCUGUAAUCAAUAAAAAGGUUAUCUUCGACGACAAUGGUCAAAUUUCGAAACAAAUCCUGGCUAAACAAAGUCUGUAAGUAAAGAAGCAGAAACUAUACUUGUCAAAGAAAUGACACAUCUUUAAAUAUCACUGGCAUGAAAUAAGUUUCACAAACAGUCAGCUCACGUUCGAAUGAGUUGUAUAACGUAGCAUCGCUUUGACGCUUAG